AUAAAUGCUUACAUGAAUCAAGCGAUAAUUUUAGUAAACCAGCUUGUUUUGUUUUUCUUGUAAUAUUACCAAAUUUUUACGCAUUGAUUGAGUAAUAUAGACAUAGAAUUGUGUUUUGUAAGUUUGUAAAUCUGAAAGUGUAACAGAAUGGCAGGUGUGCCGACGGAUUGGCAGUUAGGAUGCGUCGAAGUAAAGCAAAGAGGAGCUUACCUUCUUCAAUCCGGGCAAUGGUCUGAUUGCACCUUCUUAGUGGGUGCCGAGCCGCACCGCGUGGCCAUAGCUGGUCACAAGCUGGUCCUGGCGAUGGCGUCUCCAGUUUUCGAGGCAAUGUUUUAUGGCGGCAUGGCGGAGAGGAAUGAACCCAUACCUAUAUUAGACGUGCAGCCUGAGGCCUUCAGAGCUCUGUUAGAGUACAUAUACACAGACAAUAUAAACAUAAGUUCAUUUGACAAGGCCUGUGAACUAUGCUACGGAGCUAAGAAGUACAUGCUGCCUCAUCUAGUGAAGGAGUGCACUCGCUAUCUCUGGUCUGACCUGUACCCCCGGAAUGCGUGUCGGGCUUAUGAGUUUGCCAGGUUGUUCGAAGAAAAUGUGCUCAUGGAUAAAUGUAUACAGAUAAUCAGCACAAACACCAAAGAUGUCCUCAACGACAGUAGCUUCGAGGAUGUGGAGCUGAACACUGUGAUCACCCUCUUCACCCUGGACCAUUUAAACAUCGACAGUGAACUGGAUCUGUUUGAAGCCGCAGUAAGAUAUGCCAAGGCCCAGGAUAAGAGGAAUCAGGAGAGGAGCAUCAGCCCACCCUCAGAGAAUGGACCUCCAACCGAGAAGAAAUCUAAAAGUCCUGCACCAUCUACUUCUAAAGAUAAGGUCGUGAAUGUGGAAAGCAGUGCAGAGAACAGCCCAGAAGCCGUCACUGAGCCUGCGAAGACCAGUGAGCCCGCCGACCAGCCGCAGCCGGGACCCUCAGAUGAAAGCAAGAAGAAUAAACAGGACGUCAAGGACAAGCCAACGAUUCGCAGUGCGAUAGAAAAGAUCCGCUUCCUGACGCUGACCCCGCAGCAGUUCGCGGAGGGCCCAGCGAGGUCCUCCCUCCUCACAGAGUCCGAAGCCUUCGCCGUCCUCAUGAACAUCCUCUCUAGCUCCUCAGACGUCCCCAUGCCCAGUGGCUUCUCAACAUGCAGGGUGCCCAGGAAACAGCUGAUUGGAGAUGGACCUUCCUCAAAUAUGGCGACACUGACGGUAGACACGCCCAGCCCCGUGAUGAUGGAGCAGGUGUUCGGCGCGCCUUCACAGCCCUCCUGUCUGCCGCACUACCCGCGGCCUUCCAGACACGAUGGUUUAUACAAUUUCUAUAAUUUGUCCCGCAGUAGGCGUCCGCCACUCGUCGCUCGUCCCGCCCGCGGGCCGCGCGGCGGGCGAGGCGGAGCUGGCGCGGGCCGCCGACUACACCAAGAUCUACUGCCAGCGCCCCAUCAUCCAGCACACCGACUGCCUCAACACCUCCGUCCUGGACUGCUCCGUCACCUUCAUGGUCGACAAGAACAUCUGCCUGCUCGGCGUGCAGGUCCCGACGCAGGCCCCGUCCGAGGAGUCGGGGCAGGGCGCGGGCGGCAGCUACUGCGAGCUGCUGUACGCGCACCUGCUGGACGCGGACGGGGCGCGCCUCACCUACACGCACUACACCAGCCGCGUGCCCUUCCGCCAUCUGCUCGACAUCAUGUUCAACCGCCCCGUCUACAUACAGCGGAACAAGGUUUACAAAGUGGGCAUCGUAUUCAACAAGGUAGGCUGGUACCCGAUGGGCACCUGCGCGCAGCAGGUAGCCGCGGAGUCCGUUUUCUUCAAUUUCUGCAUCGGACAGAGCAGCGACUCCGUCCGCGACGGUCUCAUACGUUCCAUCAUCUUCACCUACUAGCAACCAAUUUCCCCCGAUCCCAUCGUCAUCGUCCUGUAACUGAUUUCGUACGAAGCCGACGCGUGAAUAGAUUAGGCGUGAAUUGAAAUUUUCUCUCUUCUUAUUUUUUUCAUCUAAUUUUGAACACAGAUUAGUUGAUGAAGCUUUAUUGCUGGUUAUGUCACUCCAAGUCAUAGCAGCACAUGCCGGCGCGUGAUUUCAAUUCACGCGGCUCAUAUUCACGCCUCGUCUAAUGAGUAUAAAAUCAGUUUCAGACGCAUAAGGUUGUGGAUGUCAUAGUUUAGGAUGUAUAUAAGAGAUGGCGCUGUAUUUAAAACAGUGAAAACACUUUGUAUCAAACCUUUUUGAACUCAUCGAUCAGAACUUACACUUACCAAGGUAUAACGUGUCAUACGUAUUUCUAAUUUGCCUGGAUAACUGUAUGCUAUGCUUAUUAAUUGCUUCGGUGUGGUCGCAGCAAAUUAUACCGAAGCUAAUAUUAACUUAUAUAAUUAUGUCUAUACGUUAAAAUGCCAAUGACGGCUGGACAAAUUCAUACUUUAGUAAGUCACUAAAUUUUAAGCAUUUCAAAACUUAUUUAUUAGAUGAUAAGGUGUAAUUUUAUCUGACCUCUGAGGUAGAGUUGUACGCUCAAAGUUGCGGUUUUAAAACCUUGGUUUCGACCUCUCCAGUGGAUAAGUUGAACAUGCUAUUGAUAAAUUAUUCGCCGGUGUCUAAGAGUCUCGGCUGAAAGUGAUACCUGUACCAUUAAGUCUUGUAGCAAGACUGUUGUUGUUUUGGAAAGGGACAACGCGCUACACUGAGCGUAGUGGCAUCUCGCUUUCAGAACUAUAAGAGGUGUUGGCUGGCCAACUGGUUGCCACCGGUUCAUUGAUAUCGAAAAUUUAUCUCUGUAAUGGUAGAUUAGUGUGAUUAUUAAAUAAAUAAAUAAAUAAAUAAAUAAAUGAUGUCAAGCGCCAUGAUUGUCGUACGACGAACAAAAAGUGGUGGCCAUAUGCACAUUGAUAUCAAUUGAUUUUUUAUAAUGUACCCAUUUGGUACGAUACUGUGUAUACAUAAUAUAUCCAAUAUAUCCAUUAAUUACAUUACAUACAUUUGUAUUUUUUAAUAUGUAGAACGACAUAUGAAAAUGUUUCUCUGUAAAUUAAACCUUGGUCUAUGUCAGAAGAUUGCCAAAUACAGUGUAAAUAUAUAGUGUAAAUAAUUUUAAUUUCUCUUAAUUGUUAGUAGGUAUGGGAUUAAGUACCUAAUACUUGUCUUGCAUUUUACAGCUGAUCCCCAUCAUCAGUGGGACCAAUGAUUUCUUUUUUUUUUGUGAAUUGUGUAUGAAAAUCACUAUCUGUAACUGUACUCUAACUUGUAGUUUUUGUUAAAAUCUAUUUAUUAAAUAUUUUAUAUGAA